UAAAAAAAAUUCGAAAUUUCGAGAACUCUCUCGUUCCUUCUUCUUCUUCCUCCUCUCUUUUUAAAAAUUUUCACCGUUGUCACAAAAUCUCCAAAAUGCAAACAAACAAUUCAAUCAACCAAACUUUCAUAAGACCUAAACCCAAUUCAAUUCAAUUCAAUGGCGGAAGAAGCGAAAUCCAAAGGCAACGCCGCCUUCUCCUCCGGCGAUUACGCCACCGCGAUCACCCACUUCACAGAAGCGAUCAAUCUCGCUCCGGCCAAUCACGUCCUCUACUCGAACCGAUCCGCUUCCUACGCUUCUCUCCACCGUUACGAAGAAGCUUUAUCAGACGCGAAGAAGACUGUAGAGCUUAAACCCGAUUGGUCUAAAGGUUACAGCAGAUUAGGCGCUGCGUAUAUCGGAUUGUCUCAGUUUAACGAAGCGGCUGAUGCGUAUAAGAAAGGUUUAGAGAUUGAUCCGAGUAACGAAGCGCUUAAAUCGGGUUUAGCUGAUGCGACGAGGUCACGAGGAGGUGCGAAGUCGAAUCCUUUUGUUGAUGCGUUUCAAGGACCGGAGAUGUGGGCGAAACUGACGGCGGAUCCUGGGACUAGGGUUUAUUUGCAGCAGCCUGAUUUUGUCAAGACGAUGCAGGAGAUUCAGAAGAACCCUAAUAAUCUUAAUUUGUAUAUGAAGGAUAAGAGGGUUAUGCAGGCUUUAGGGGUUUUGUUGAAUGUUAAGAUGAGUGGUUCGAGUGGUGAUGAUACUGAGAUGAAGGAGGCUGAUGAUUUGAGGAAAGAGCCUGAACAGGAGGCGGAGAAGGAACCGGAAGCUAUGGAGGAGUUGAGUGAGGAAGAGAGGGAGAAGAAGGAGAGGAAGGAGAAGGCGUUGAAGGAGAAAGAAGAAGGGAAUGCUGCUUACAAGAAGAAGGAUUUUGAGAGAGCUAUUGAAUGUUAUACUAAGGCGAUGGAGCUUGAUGAUGAGGAUAUUUCGUAUUUGACGAAUCGUGCUGCUGUUUAUCUUGAGAUGGGAAAGUACAAUGAGUGCAUUGGGGACUGUGACAAGGCUGUUGAAAGAGGCAGAGAGCUUCGUUCUGACUUUAAGAUGAUAGCUAGAGCUCUAACUAGGAAAGGAUCUGCACUGGUGAAAAUGGCGAAAUGCUCAAAAGACUUUGAACCUGCGAUCGAGACUUUUCAGAAAGCUCUAACAGAGCAUCGUAAUCCGGAUACCUUGAAGAAACUUAACGAUGCUGAGAAAGCCAAGAAGGAGCUGGAGCAGCAGGAGUACUUUGAUCCUAAGAUAGCAGAAGAAGAGCGUGAGAAAGGUAAUGGAUUCUUUAAAGAGCAGAAGUAUCCAGAGGCAGUGAAGCAUUAUUCAGAAGCAAUUAAAAGAAACCCGAACGACGUGAGGGUAAGAGCAUGUUGCAUGUUGUGCUAAGCACAUAAUUCCAGAAAAUAUGGAC